AGGAAGCGGCCGACGAUGGACUCCGCAAGAAGCUGGGUGCUCGCGGCGGCCUGUUGUUGGAUCAACACGUUUUCCUUCGCCCUGUUUCGCGCGUCGCCGGUGAUCUACGUCGGCAUCAUGGGGACAUUUCGCGUGACCCGCCAAGAGGCUGCGUGGCCGUUAUUUCUCAGCGGUGUGUUUUACUGCGCCAUGGCCCUUGGUGCCGGACUUCUGGCGAGACGCGUGGCCAUCUGGAAGUUGACCUUAUCGGGAUGUCUCCUGAGCUCUCUGUCCGUCUCUGUCUGCUUCUUUGCCAACGGAAUUCCAUACCUGACAUUUUUUCUGGGCGCUACACACGGUUGCGGCAUAGCCUGCUUGACACUCUGCAACACGGUCAUUAGCCAACACUUCUGCCGCUACCGAACGGUCGCAUCCGGCAUUAGCAAUGCAGGCUUUACCUUGGGUAGCUUCCUCUACCCGCCACUGCUACAGUUCUUCUUGGACGAGUAUGGAACAAAGGCAAGCCUACUCCUCUGUGGCAGCGUAAUGCUCAACGCGACUGCAGGUGCACUCCUUCACCGACUGCCGCGCAGUGCACCACGAAAGCCAGUUGCCUCGUUUAAUAUCGCUGAAACGCGUCUGAAUUGCCCAAGGAAUGACAAUACGCGUGGGAUGACCUGGCAGGACAUUUCAGGGAAAAGCACCAACUUAUUCGAAGACGAAGUAGGCUUUGCAAGUGAGAUGGAUGACCGCUUCAAAGAGGAAGCCCUCACCGUUUGCACACGUCUCGCCGACGCUGAUGCCACCGGCCAUCUUCUGGAAAAGAAUGAAGCGGAGGCUCUGCGACAAGCGGGUGAACCAGACGAGAAGUGCGCGGUGAAAGAGAGUCUGUUGCGUAAACAACCUGAUCGAGUAUUCAAGACCACUUUGGUGACAACGAGCACCGGUUUGCUGUCCUUCCUGUGGCUUCGCAAGUUCUACCUGAUCACCGCGGCGCAGGCACAGGUUGUGAUAAACAUGUCCACUUACUUAACCGUGAUUGUGGACCUGGCGAUGGACAGAGGCAUCUCCAAGUGGGACUCCGUAUUUCUCCUUUUCUUUUACGCCAUGGCAGACUUGCUGGCGAGGUUAGGGUCUGGCUGGAUCACGGACAAAGGCUUGCUCAAGAGGAGCAUCAUGAUGGCCUUGAGCUUUCUGCUCUGGUCCACGUCACUGUUCCUGAUGCCGCUCUGCUAUUCUUUUUACCUUCAGGCUGUGUUGUCCCUUGUGGCGGGGUGGUGCAAUGGCGCCACCUUCAUCAUUACACCGGUGCUCUUCAUGGAACUUGUGGGCGUCGGCAAGUUUAGCGUCUGCUUCGGCACCGCGUGCCUUUUGGUCGGAGUUCCACUUAUGACGCUACCGGCGCUGAUUGGUUACUUUAGGGACACACUCGGAAACUACCAGGGCCUAUUCUUCCUGAUUGGAGGCCUGACAGGCCUCACUGCUUCACUAUGGUUGUGGGCGUUUUUGCGAGAAAAAGAAGCACCGUUCUCCGAAGGCGACUCCAAGAGUUCCUCAAUCGCAAGGUCGCCGCGCUGCACGAGAAACUCGGAAGGCUAA